UUUUGGUUCUGUUUUAUACAUCAUUUAUUUGUUUUCGUUUUAAUCAAUAUUUGAAUUUGAAUAAAAAUUUUUAAUCAUGCCUCGUGGACGACCACGGAUAAGCCGUGAUGGUGAACCAAAUUAUUCUUCAAGUUUUAAUUCUGAUGAAAAUAUAACAGAUUAUGUACCAGAUGCUUCCAUCACAAAUGAUGAUUCAAAUGAUACUUAUGACGAUGAUUUUCGUACACGAAAGCCACGAGGUAGACCUCGUGGUCGACCAAGGGGACGACCAUCAGGUGGUGGCCGUACAUCGACUAACCGUCAAGAUUUGGAUCAAUUGAAUACGAGUCGACCAAGUUUAGAAGAAUCCGAUAGUAUUUAUGAAACUGUACGACAAGGCCGUUCUGUUCUCCAAUCUGUCGUCGAUGAAUGGAUCGAAAUCUAUCGACAAGAUCGUGAAAAUGGUAUCAUACAUUUGAUGCAGUUUUUUAUUCGAUCAUCCGGUUGCAAAGGAAAAAUUACAACACAAAUGCGACAAGCAUAUGAUAAUGCUCAGAUUAUUCGUGCUCUGGUGGAUGAAUUCGAUGAAGAAACGGGUGAUUAUCCACUAAUUAUGAAUGGACCUCAAUGGAAAAAAUUUCGCUCCAAUUUCUGUGAAUUUAUUCACACGCUGAUUCGACAAUGUCAGUAUUCGAUUAUUUAUGAUCAAUUUUUAAUGGAAAAUCUUAUAUCAUUAUUGAUCGGAUUGUCCGAUUCGCAAGUACGAGCUUUUCGUCAUACAGCGACACUGGGCUCGAUGAAAUUGAUGACAGCAUUGGUUGAUGUUGCCCUUACGUUAAGUAUCAAUUUGGACAAUACCCAACGACAAUAUGAUGCUGAACGACAGAAAAACGCCAACAUGAAUAAACGCUCAAGUGAACGAUUAGAUAUGUUGAUGAGUAAACGUAAAGAAUUGGAUGAUAAUAAUGAAGAUAUCAAAACAAUGCUUGGCUAUCUAUUCAAAUCAAUCUUUGUUCAUCGUUAUCGUGAUACAUUCCCGGAAAUACGUUCAAUUUGUAUGUAUGAAAUCGGUAUCUGGAUGAAACGUUUGCCUGGAAUAUUUCUGGAUGAUUCCUACCUGAAAUAUGUUGGCUGGACAUUACAUGAUAAGGUUGGUGAUGUACGAUUAAAAUGUCUCAAUUCUUUGCUACCAUUGUAUGAAAGUGAAGAGAUCUCAAGAAAAAUGGAAUUAUUUACGAAUAAAUUCAAAGAUCGUAUCGUAUCAAUGACGUUGGAUAAAGAACCAGAAGUAGCCGUUAUGGCUGUAAAAUUGGUCAUCAACAUUCAUAAACAUCAUCCUGAUGUCUUGAGCGAUAAAGAUUGUGAACAUGUCUAUGAAUUGGUAUAUGCAACAAAUCGUGCAGUUGCACAAGCUGCUGGUGAAUUUCUGAAUGAACGAUUAUUUCAAGUGGAUGAAAAUGCAACGGCUAAUUUGCGAACACGUCGUGGUAAAAAACGUUCCAUACAUACAUUAUUGAUACGAGAUCUGAUACAAUUCUACAUUGAAAGUGAACUUCAUGAACAUGGAGCAUAUUUAGGCGAUAGUCUAAUUGAAAGUCAUCCGAUGAUGAAGGAUUGGGAAUGUAUGACCGAUUUGAUGAUUGAAGAACCUGGACCUGAAGAAGAAGCUCUCGAUGAUCGCCAAGAAACAUCAUUGAUUGAAAUUAUGGUCUGUGCCAUUAAACAAGCAUCCACUUGUGAUUCACCGGUUGGCCGUGGACCACAACGAAAACAAUUGACCUCAAAAGAACAGAAAACAUUGCACGAAGAUCGAAUGAAAAUAUCCGAACAUUUUAUUCAAGUGUUGCCAAUGUUAUUGAAUAAAUAUAAAACCGAUCCGGAAAAAGUUGCCAAUUUGUUGACCAUACCACAAUAUCUUGAUCUAAACGUUUUCUCCAAACAAAAAGAUCAGCUCGAAAAUCUUCUCCGAUUGAUCAAUGAAAUUGUCGACAUUCAUUCGGACAAAGAAGUGUUGGAAGUGGCAGCCAAAACAUUUGAAUAUCUUUAUGAUGAAAAUUUUUCCUUCAGUAAAAAUGUCAAUAUUUAUAAAGGCACAUUGAUCGAUACGAUUUGCACGAAAUAUAAAGACGCUAUUGAACGUUAUAAUCAAAAUCCAUCUGGGGAUGAAGAAAAAUUGAUGGUAAAUUUACAGCUGAAAAAAAUAUCCGUUCUUUAUGCUUGCCAUGAUUUGACCGGUUGGAAUUUGUGGGAUGAUAUUUUUGAACGUUGGAUCAAAACGGCCAAUCAUGAAGGCGAAUAUAUUCCGAUUAUGGCCGUAAAAUUUUCCAUCAUAUCAUGCCAUAUGAGUCUUGUAUGGGAAUUACAUCAUCUUUCACAAUCACGACAGGCAGUUGAUCGUGCAUUGAUUGUCAAGAAUAAAUUGAAUAAUUUUAUGCAUGAAAUUCGUUCACUAUUGAAUCAUAAUAGUUCAGAUCUUGAAGAAGAGGCUUAUGUAUCGAUAUGCGAUCUAUUGGUCAUAUUUAGCCGUCAUUUGGAACAGGAAUCACCGGCUACCGCACAUCUUGUAUACAAACCGGAUGUAUUGCUUAUCAAACAGCUUGAAAAUUUCAUUGCAACCAGAGUGUUUGUCGAUAAUGAUGAAGAAUCAUCCUUGAAUGCAAGAAAAUCCAACAUUGAAAUUCUACAUAAACGUCGUCAUUUUUUAGCAGGCUAUUGUAAGCUAAUCGUUUAUAAUGUUAUACCGAUUAAACAUGCUGCCUGUGUAAUUAAACAUUAUGUCAAGUUUUACAAUGAUUAUGGCGAUAUCAUCAAACAUACAUUGGGAAAAAUCCGUGAGAUUAAUAAAGUUUUAUGCGCAAAAACAAUGGCUGCAGCAUUAAUAUCCGUAUUCAUGGAUCUCCGUAGCGAAUGUUCAAACAAUAUCAAUGCAUUCACUAAACAAGAUGAAAAUUUUCAAUCACUGAAAGAAUUAGCUAAACGAUUUGCUUUAUCAUUCGGUUUGGAUAAUAUGAAAAAUCGAGAUGCUAUUGCGGCAUUACAUCGUGAAGGAAUACAUUUUACAUUCAAUACAUUGGAAAAUCCGGAAAAUCCAUUGGGACCACCACCGAAUCUGCCAUUCUUGGAGAUAAUCAUUGAAUUUUCCAAUAAAUUAAUCAAGAUUGAUAAAAAGACAGUACUUUCCUAUCUGGAUCGUUAUAUAAAAACAGCAUUGCCCGGUGUUCAUAAUGAUGAAUGGCAACCAUUGAUUAGUUAUCGUGCUAGUUUACAACACAAUGAAUUUGAGGUACCAUUAAAUCGACAACCAGGACGGCAAUAUAAACCGAAAAAACAUGGCCGUGAUGAAGAUGGUGAAGAAAUGGAAGGCGAAGAUGACGAACAAGAGGAUGUGGAAAUGGCUGAAUAAAAAUAAUCAGCAGUAAAAAUAUAUGAUCAAGUUUUUUUUUCAAUUCAUUAUUUCAUAAUCAUCAUCAUUAAUCAUUAAAUUAUAUGGUUUAUAGCAAAAUAAACAUUUUACAUUCAGGUUCACAA